AUGGGUUCUCAAGGUCCUUCCCGAUGCUUCCCUUUCUGGCAAGAAGUCUUAGCUUGCUACGUCGUAAACACCUCUACAGAGAGCGAUGCAGGAAAGAGGGUUUGCGCGCCGGUAUUGGAGGAUUAUUAUGAGUGCCUACAUCACAAGAAGGAGCAUGCCAGAACAAUGGCAAUUCAAGCCGCCUACCACAAGGCCGAACAAGCGAAUCCCCGAGAUGAUGCGCCAAAGGCAGGCGUCGUGAGGAAUUUGGGGUUGCUAGAUAAAGAAGAAGAUACUAAGAAGGUGCUGGGAUUGAAGUGA